UUUGCACAUCUCAAAUUUUCGCUGAACAAAUCGGACGCGUUCUGCGCGUAGUCCGCGCGAGAAUAAAAUAUAAGUUUAACUUUGGCUUUUAAUAGUUAUUUUUAAUGAGAAAUAUUUAAAAAAGAGGCCAGCAAACGCAUAGAUACAGAAAAGUAUUGAUUUUCGUCCAAGAUGGCGGACGACGAGCAGUUCAGCUUGUGCUGGAACAACUUUAAUACGAAUUUGUCGGCUGGCUUCCACGAGUCGCUAUGUCGCGGCGACCUGGUGGACGUCUCCCUGGCGGCCGAGGGGCAUAUUGUGAAGGCCCACCGCCUGGUGUUGUCCGUCUGCUCGCCCUUCUUCCGCAAGAUGUUCACCCAGAUGCCGUCGAACACCCACGCUAUCGUAUUCCUGAACAACGUAAGCCAUUCGGCGCUGAAGGACCUCAUACAAUUCAUGUACUGCGGCGAGGUCAACGUGAAGCAGGACGCCCUGCCCGCGUUUAUUAGCACUGCGGAAUCGCUGCAAAUCAAGGGGCUAACGGAUAACGAUCCUGCGCCGCAGCCACCGCAGGAGCCCAGCCCGCCGCCAGCAGCACCUCAUGUACAACAACAACAGCAGUUACCGGCUCAGCGGGUUCAGCGCCAGCAGCCGCGAGCUUCCGCCCGCUACAAGAUCGAGACCGUGGACGACGGACUGGGCGACGACAAGCAGGGCACCACCCAGAUCGUCAUCCAGACCACGGCCGCACCCCAAGCCACCAUUGUACAACAGCAGCAGCCGCAACAACAGCAGGCGGCGCAGCAGAUCCAGACGCAGCAGCAGCUGCAGACGGGAACCACGACGACGGCGACGCUGGUGUCGACAAACAAACGCUCCGCCCAGCGAUCCUCCCUGACCACCGCCUCCUCCUCGAGUAGCGGCGUGAAGCGCUCCAAGACAAGCGCCUCCGCCAAUGUAAUGGACCCCCUCGAUUCGGCCACUGAAACUGGAACCACGACAACCACCCAACUGGUGCCGCAACAGAUCACCGUGCAAACCGCUGUGGUCUCGGCGGCCGAAAGUAAGCUCCACCAGCAGACGCAGCAGGUCCGCCACCAGCCGCAGCAGGAGGAAGCCGAGUAUAUUGAUCUCCCCAUGGAAUUGCCCACGAAAUCGGAACCUGACUACUCUGAGGACCACGGUGAUGCCGCCGAGGGCGAGGGCACCUAUGUGGAGGACGAUGCCUACGGAGACAUGCGCUACGACGACAGCUACUUCACGGAGAACGAGGAUGCGGGCAACCAGACGGCGGCAAAUACAAGCGGCGGCGGAGUGACGGCCACCACGUCCAAGGCGGUGGUCAAGCAACAGUCGCAGAACUACAGUGACUCCUCGUUUGUCGACACCAGCGCGGAUCAGGGCAACACAGAGGCUCAAGGUGGCAACAAGCUAGUCUUCAUAGAGAGUCCCUGGGCGACGCCGUGUCUGGUGCUAAAUGGCUACAUGUACAACUGCCACAGUCGGAAGAGCAACAAACAGUACUGGCGCUGUCACAAUUACUCAAAAAAGUUGCACGAAAUGCGCUGUCGAUCUCGCUGUGUCCUGGAGAACGGUCGUCUGAAGAGCAUAACGGGUGGGCCUCAUAACCAUCAGCCGCACACGGAGAAGAUUGACAAGAUCAUUAUGCGGAAUAAAAUGGCAUCGAUCAGUACGGGGAGAAAGAUCUCCAGGACACACAGCUUCACACAGCAGCAGCUCCAAGAGACGAAGGCGGAGGAGUUCGACGAGGACCACCAGUUGACCACCGAUGCGGUCGCAUUGCAGCUGGCGGAUCACGAACUGAUGCACGCCUCCAUGAUGCUAAUGCACGAGUAGCUGUGGUCUCUGCAGUGCAAUGUAGUUACUAAGUAACAGGGAUUGAAAGUACAUACAAUUGACCUAUGUGCAUUUUGACUUGUAAAAAGGUAUUAUUAUGAUUUAGAUAUCAAAUGAAGAGAAUUUAAAGUGAAGUACAGUAAAUAAGAUUGUGAAUAUAGCUGUAAGCCUUACAUUUUAGUUUUUCCAAUAAUUUACAUUGUUACCUACGAAGGAUCUUUUUCGGUUUAUAUUUUCCAUAAACAAAAUACUACUAUUCCUUUCAAAUGAUCAACUGAAAUAAAGAUUUGAACUCAUUAACGUUA